AUGGAUGUCGCCUUACGAAAUGCGGCGCCGUUGAGGCCCGAGAUCGCGCUCGCAAAGGCCAUCUCGGAAUUCGAGAGCAGCCUCACCAAAGAGCACAAGUCCAACUUUCGCAGCUUCCGAACCCAAGCGCUGAGCGCACCACCUUCGGCCGAAGAUGUGAUGAGAUUCACGGCCAGCCUCAACAGCCAGAUACAGAAAUCUUCCGCGGCCCAUCGCUGCUUUGGCACACGCUUCACCAACAUCAUGCAAUGCGUCCAGAAGUACGCUGCUCUGGGCGAUGUGGUCGUGGGGGGGUCUCAGAACAUCAUUGCAUGUGGAGUUUGGGCCCUGGUGAGAUUGACGAUCCAGGUAUGCAUUGGCUUUGGCUCGUACUUGGACAAGGUCUCACACUUCUUUAUGACCGUCGGCCAAUCAGCGCCGCGGUACGAAUCUAUGGCCUUGCUCUACCGCCGGUCAAAGCUGCUGAGCCAUUAUAUGUCGAGUUAUUUUCUGGUGAUCGUACAAACCUGCCAUGAGUUUAUGCUCUUCAGCCGGAAGUCCUUCCUUGGUCAGCUAACAGCCUCUCUGGACGACUCGAAACUACGCGAUGCCCAGUCCAGGUCAGAAAGACUGGGGGCUAAAAUCAGAGAGGAGGUUUCAUUUCUCACGACUCAGACGGUUGAGAGUGAGGCUAGCGAGAACAACUUGUUCCGCGCGCUGGUUGGGGGCGCCUACUCCUGGGAGACACAACAGAGGAAGCUUCGGCAACGAGCUAAUCUCUUGGAGGCCCUCUCAUCCUCUGAUCACGAGACGCCCUUUAGGCAAGCUCGAAAAUGUGGGGUUUCAACCGUAUUCGAGGACGAGCCCGCAUACUUGUCGUGGGAGCAGUCGACAGAAUCUACAAGCUUGGUGCUUGUUGGCAAGCUGGGUUCAGGUAAAUCGGUGACCAUGGCCAGCAUCGUCGAUAAUUUAUACCUAUCGAGUCAUGAUCGUGCGGUUCCUUUCUUCUUUUGCAGGCACGACAAUGCGGAAGCACUCACUGCCAGAGCUGUCAUCGGGUCACUGGGUCGCCAGCUGAUCGACAAGUAUUUCAAUGACUCCCUGCUGGAUAAUGUUGUGGACGGCGUGACCACCAUGUUUAGCUUGGGGGAUGUCCUGAGACUCGUCAAAGAUACUGUGCCACGCGACGCACGGGUUCAUUUUGUCCUCGAUGGGGUGGAUGAGUGUCAAGAAUACGACGCCGUUGAGAUCAUAAAAGCACUUGGAGAAAUGCAGAAAUUCAUGCAUCUGUCCGUCUGUGUAUCGAUCAGAAGCGGCACGCAAGACCACCAAUCCCUUUUCAGGCCAUUAUUGAACAUCCAAACAAUGGCCAUGCCUGAAAAGAACCCUGAUAUUGGCAAGUUCAUCGAAAAGGAGCUAGAAAGAAGGAUAGAAGCCAAGAAACUCGUUCUUGGCCAAGAAGGCUUGGUAGUUGAAAUUCGAGAUGCUCUGGUAAAAGGGGCAAAUGGAAUGUCAGAAUGCCCCCCGUUCUUAUGGGUUGCACUGCAAAUCGACUCGCUCUGUGACGAGAAAUCCGAUGCAGCCAUACGCAGCGCCCUGCAAGACUUGCCACCUGACCUCUUCAGCACGUUUGAUAGGAUUCUAAAGAGGUCCAGGAAACUUGCCCACACUUACCAAACUCGGAUCCUCAAGACUAUUGUCGCCGCCCAUCGCCCGUUAACAGUUGACGAGAUUCGAGAGGUCAUUAGCGUGGAGCCAGGCAAUACCGACUGGAGCCCGGACAUGCUGGUGAAUGACAUUCACGGCGUUCUGGCCUGCUGUGGAAGUUUAGUGACUGUUGAUGAGGAGAAUCUGUCAGUUUAUCUGAUUCACCAGAGCGUGAUGCAAUUUCUCCUUGAGAAACCAACCGCUACCAGUGGUAAUCCCUAUCCAGAGUCGCACUUCACCAUGGAAGAAGCCCAGAAACUGCUCGGUGAGAGUGUGAUUACGUAUCUGAACUGCUCCCUUUUUGAAAGACAGAUUUCGAAAGACGUCGCUCACGAGGUUCGAGUUGGAGAGCUUCCUUCUCGCGUCAUGCAAGAGGCUUUGGCGCCUGCUGGGGUGGUUGGACAGUUGGCAAUCCGGUGGUUGAAGUCGGAGUCCAACCCCAAGUUUGACGCAAAGCAGGCACUGACGGAACUUCUCCCACUCGUCGCCCUGUUCAAGGAUCAUGCGGUUGUCGAUGCAGCAGACUGGGACGGCCUCACCUUUCUGACCAAGGAUGUCGAGUUUCCGCUCAACAACAGCAUCGCCCGCUUCUCCUCUCAGUACGACUAUCAAACGCCACUAGAGAUCGCGCUCGGGGAUGACUUCGAAAAUAUCCUAUCUUUUGGAAACGCGGUCCGGACGAUACAAAUACUUCUUGGAAGCAGAUCCUAUGGAAAGAUGAAGAGACAGUCCUAUGAGACCGAAGCCUUCGAAGCAUUCGAAGACUUUGAAGGAUUUGAAGCUUUUGAGUCCUUCGUAGCCUUUCUGAACAGGCUCCGUGACUUACCAGAUUUUUCUCCCGGGAUGACUCGACAGGUUAAGCAGAUCAUAGAUGCUAUUUUAAACGUUCCCAGAGAUUCUGACAAGGACUACACGGUGCAGCUGCUGUUGUGGUGUAUCCUUCAGAGCUACUCAGGGGCCUUUACUAAAAGCAAUAUUCAAGAGCGAUAUGGAGUUGUAUAUGCUUCCGCUCCUCAUGUAGUGGAAAGGAAAGACCACUACAACCUGCUUAUUGACGCAACACUGUCGUUUCGCACUACGGAAGAUGCGAAGAUUCUGGUCCCAUCGCAGCUAGUUGAUAGGAUACGUCUAAUCGACAGAUUCCUUCCGAGAAAACUGCACAACCAAGGCUGUGUGAGAUUCGAGGCCCAGAUCGACGCUGUCCCUGGAUGGUUGCUUCUGAAUAUACCCGAAGAUGACUCUGAAGAUGCUGCUCCAAAAGUGAGCAGCGAGAGCCUUGGACUUGGAAAACAUGCGUCUCACAGCCCUGAGCGGAACUAUGGCUCGGGGCUGCAGUGA